AUGGCUGUAACUUAUCACCUUGAACUGUUUCCUGAACAUAAAGUGACUUUACUUUUAUUCAAAGAUGUUAAAAAUGCAUCAGGACUAAGAAAGAAAGCAAUUGAUGGAACUAUUGAUGGCGCUUUACUGAAUCCUGCAAUGAUUGUAGAUCCACUUCAGGUUCUUAUUGCAGUAAACAAAGCUGUCCAUUUACACCUGGUGGGAAAAAUGAAAACAAGAAAUCUUAACUCAGAAAUUAUAUUCAAUUUAUCACCAACAAACAAUAUUUCGGAAGCUUUUAGAAAGUUUGGCCUGUCAGACAGCGAUUCUGGAGUUCUUGUUGUUUUAACUGACGAUGGGACUAAAGCCUUGAAUUCUCAAGAAAUAACCUCUCACGUGGACGGCCAGCAAGUACCUCUAGCAGAGCUGUCACAACUAACAGACAUCACGAAAGUGAGAAAGAUGUAUAAACUGACCACAGAAGAAGAUAAAAUUGGUUCUGUAUUGGACGCUGUAAUCUGUAGAAUGGCAGUGAAAGAUAUAUUGUGA